AUGUUCGCUGAGGAGGAUGAGUGGAACGAUGACCCAGAAGCCAAAGCUCUGACCAAGACUGUCAUCAGCAGUUUCAAACUGUCUGGCAGUACCAAUAUCACGGUGAGAUGCCAUCUCAAUCUUCUUUAUAAUUAAAUGUACCUAUGUAGCUAGCAAGCCAGGCAUAACUCAUGCUGCCAGUGACCACAAAUUCAAAUAGAGGGUUGAAUUCUGGUUUACACUGGUAUUCAGUUUGACACUGUCAUUCUGCUUUUUCGAACAGAAAAGUGUUGGGAAGAAGAAGAGUUUGUUACGGACCCUCCAAACACUGGGGUCAGUACCAAACUGGAGCAAGAGCAAUGGUGCCCCUCGGGAAGCAGGCAGUGACAGUGAAACAGAGGCCAUACUGACACCACACACCAAGAGGAAGAAGAAAAGAAGCAAAAGAGGACGCAAGAGAGUAGCUGCUUCAGGAGAAGAUACUGAGAAAGACAGUGGAGAUCUGGGUGCCAAGGAGGCUGCAGUGCCUUUAGCUAAGAAGCCAAUAAAAGCAGGUGAGUUGUUUCACAAGCACAACUGUCAAUUGAUUGUCUUAAGUUGAAAAGAUGUUUGAGUUUUUCUUUCUCAUUUUCCUAGUGUUCAAAAAGCUAAAAAAUACAGAGUCCAUUCAGGGUGCUAGUAAACAAGAUUCAAAAUCUAUCAAGGAUGAAGGAAAAGCUGCAGCAGAUGCUGAGAUUGAGAGAUUAAACCGAAAGCAAUGGAAAAACAAGAUGAAGAACAAGAAGAAAUGUCAAAACAAAUUCAAAAUUCAAAAAGGAGAGAAUACCACACCCCCAAAAACCACAAAAGCAGUGACCACUGUGCAAAAGGAUACAGAAGAUGGACCAAAAGCAGCUUCUGAUGUGAACAGGGAAACAGCGGUUGUCCAGACACAGCAACGCCAGACAAAGAAAAACAAACAGGAGAAAGAGGGUGAGUGUAAAACACAGAAAAGGAAAAAGGUCCCAGAGGGAAAAGGGAUGACUUUCACUGAGACUGCUUCCACUCCAGGCACAGAAAUAGUCCAAAACAAUAAGAACUUUUCAGAGAAAAAGACAAAGGGGGGCAGUCAAGUAAAAGCAGUCCCACUAGGUAACUCUAAACCCCCAGGUAAAGAGUUAAAGACGGAAGAGGAGAAACCUCAGGAGGUGGUUAGGGUGGAGCAGCACCCGGAGCCGUCUGGCAGUAAGAGAAGGAAACGGGAGGCGAGCAAAGGGCAGGACCGUAGGAGAGAGAAGCUCAGGAGAAUGCUGCAUGGCCAGAGCCCGGAAAAGAAAGAGCAACCUGCAGAGCAGGAGGAGGAGAUGCGCACCACAGAGGAGGUGAAAGAGGCUCCUGCAGACCGCUCGGCUGCUCUGAGGUCCCGCAUGGAGCAGCGUUUGGAGUCAGCACGGUUCCGUUAUAUUAACGAGGUUCUGUAUACCACGUCUAGUGGGGAGGCUAAACGCAUGUUCAGACAGGACCCCCAGGCUUUUAGCAUCUACCACAGGGGCUUCACGGCACAGGUACAGCACUGGCCAGCUAAUCCUGUCGACGCCAUCAUCUCCUACAUACGCCACAAGUGAGUUGUGUUAUGCUUUUAUCUGACUAACGUACUUGCAGUAUUUAAAAUGGCUGUUUUCAUAGUUUUUGUAUUUUUCCUGUAUUGGUUCUGGGGUGGGGGAUCCACAUUGAAAUAGUGUGUGGCUUUCUUUGUAAGACCAUUUGUGUUGAUUCCAGGCCUGCCUCUCUGGUGGUGGCAGAUUUCGGCUGUGGCGACUGCAAAAUCGCUCUUAGUGUGAAGAACAAAGUGCACAGUUUUGACUUGGCACCUAUCUGUGACCGUGUAACUGUCUGCGACAUGGCUAAUGUGAGUCCAACUUUACCUUGAUCCUCAAUCUGUUCUUUCAUCCGUGCCUGUUUACUAUGCAGUCUGUGUUUUUUAUGUAAUAAUGAUAUAUUUUGUCCCAUCUGUCUGCAGAUACCGCUCAAGGAUGGCACUGUGGACAUAGCUGUAUUCUGUCUCUCUCUUAUGGGGACCAACCUUGGGGAUUUUCUAGUUGAGGCUAACCGUGUGCUGGUGAUGGGGUAAGAGAUAUUAUGCAGAAAAACAGAGCUACAGUUAUGUCAAUAUGCUGGAGUAGGUGUUCCCAUUUAUUUUCCCUAUUUAUGUAAUCAUUAUCAUUAUUAAACACUGUAAUUUUUUGCAGGGGUAUCCUGAAAAUUGCAGAGGUGGCAAGUAGAUUUGAGAAUGUGCGGAACUUCAUGGGUGCUUUGUCCAGCCUGGGAUUCAAGUUGGUCACAAAGGUAAGGCUGUAAUCAUAGUAAACAGUAAUGGCCAUGUUUUUGUCUUUGGCUUUAAGAAAUGCAUUGUUACAAUAACCUACCGUAUUCAUUUUGCUUCCUCCUUAGGACACAGAGAAUAGCCACUUUUACUCCUUUGAGUUUGAGAAGAUCGCAGAAGCUCCAGAUAGGGUAAAGAAGGCAGGAGGACUGGAGCUGAGGCCUUGUUUGUACAAGAAACGAUGA